AUGCUCCAGUUCAUGACGCCCAACGAGGAUGCGACCGAGAUCGAGAGAUUCCGAGCGCGUCACCGCCGCCUACUCCGCCGUCAACAGCAACAGCAUUCCCCCGCCAAGGUGAAGGAUCUGGACGAGGAUGACGGAAGGCGACGCAAAGUUUCUGCUAAUUGGCGACGCAAACAGCAGGAACAACAGCACCAAAGCGAUGAUAGCCACUGGUGCCAGUCAAUGAGCGCUGGCGAUGGCUUUAACGCAUUUGACUUUUCGACGUCACCUGAAGCUUUCCAUGAUGAACCGGACAUUCCACUGCAGUCGUGUGUUGCUCUGCAAGAUGAGCAGCGUAUGGCUGACGUGGCCAAACAAGUGACGUCCAUGGGGUUCCACUGCAACAAUAUGUGGCAGCCGGCGGGCAUCAGUAACUGCCCCCCUCCCUCGAGCACUAAUCAAAGACCAACGGUCUACUUUCAAUCGCAGUAUUUUGGGUGA